AUUCUAGAUUCUAACAUCUAGACCUUGAUUAGGAAACCCCAGUCUUGAAAAGUGACUCCUGCUAAUCCAGCAAGAUAGUAAAGCUGUACACAUUUUAAACUACCAGAUUUAUCCAGUGCAUUCUACUGUCAUACACUGUGACAGCUACUGGUGAACCUGAAAGAGAGUAAAAAGUAAAUAUUUGAUUUUUUUUUUCAGUUGAUCAUUUAGUUAUGUUUUCAUUUUUUUUUUCAGAGAUAAUUCCAAUUAUCAUUUGAAGGAGGAGCCCCCUUUAAAAGCAGUUAAAGGGCCCCAACUAAGGGAUCCAAAGGCACUUGGAAGAGGAAUCCUAACAGUGACAUCUGUUUGCUCCUUCAAUGUACUCAAAUUUGGGAUAAAGAGCCACUUAAAUAUUUAUUGAAUGCCUGGGCUAAGAUGUCAGGCAGUAUUCUAGGUUCUUGGGAUAUCUCAGUGGCUGAAAUCAUCACGUGGAAAAUACACUUCAAUAGAAAAUGAUGGCCUGUACAUAUUAUAAUACAUGUACUGUGCUCAGUUUGUAAAGUAUGAGAGGAUAAAAAGAAAGAGCAGAUUAAAAGUAUCUAGCAUAUGGAAGCCCUGGAAAGGAAACUCGGGAAAGGUUUUAAAGAUGUUCUAAGGUAGUAGAUGUCUUGGAGUGUGCAUUACAGAAAGAGGAACGCUUAGAAAUAUUGAGGUAGGGAACAUGCCUUGUGUAUUUUAAAAGCGCAAAGGAGCCCUGAGCAAAGCAGACUAGACAGUCAGGAAGGAAGAAGUGUGGGUGUGAGUGCUGGGACACGGCCUUUAUCUGAGUGAGUUAGAGAGACUGUAAGAUUCUGAGCCUAGAAGUGAGAGGGUGUGGCUCACUUUUAUAGGAACUUCCUGUGCCAGACAAAGGAGCAAAGACUAUUUUCUGAGAGGCCUCUAAGCAGUAGAGUGUUGUGGUUAGAUUAUGGUGUUAGGAAUAGACUGGAAGUGACCAAACUUGGUUCUGAUGAGGAAAAUCCUAGUUAUACCCAUCAAGAAAUACAGAGGUUUUAAACAUAACUCCUGAAAAGCUUGUCUGAGUGUUCAAACUUGAAUAUUUAGCCAAAAUGAGAUAUGAUCAAAACUUCUGAAAUCAGCACCCCAUUUAAAUAAUCUGUCUCUGUGCUCCCAUUGCAGAUAGAAAGUUAAGGACACGGUAAUCUAACAAGUAACGAAACUGACCUGAUUGUGGAAAGGCAUUAGUGCCAGGCACAGCACAACAAAGUCAGGUUGUGUUAGUGCACUGCCAAGAACAGCUACAGAGGUAGCUAAUCACUUUUGAAAUUACCCAUUUUCCCAUCUUCUUCACUGUCAUUGCCUUUUCAUACCCAACCUAUUAGAAAUUGAGGCAUUCUUAUUUUAAGUUUGUAUUAGUGAUAGCUAAUUGCAGCCUCUUCAAAAUCAUUUAGUACUUGUUCCCACAUUAGGGAUGCUAAGACAAAUUUUCAGUUAUUACUCAAACUUGAAAUAGAUUCUUCAAAUGCUAAAAGAUCUCUUUUGAGUAUUAAUUUUUAUAUCUCUCGUGUAUGACUUUAUAGAAUGUUGAAAUACAUCCUUUUUUGUCUUUUGUACCAUAAUUCAAUACAGACUGAAUAUGAAAUACCUAUGAGUUAUUCCUGUUGUUUUAGGUUGUUUUCCACACAGUAUAUCUUCUAAUUUAAUCAUAAUUUGGAAAGGAGAGCAUAAGCAAAACUGAACACCAACUCCCCCACCCCCGCCCACAUAGGCAAGUUAGGGGUUUCAGUAAGGCUUAGAACAAGCCAGAGGAUUUGAAAGAGGGAAAUGAAGAUUCUAAAGAAGAGAGGCCAAGUUACUGUCACACUGGGUGGAAGUGAAGCAAAAUGUUAAUUCAGUAAUUAAUAGCAUAAACUCGGGUGGUAGUUACUUGGGGUUUUACCCUUUUACUUAAUAAUUAGGACAUUUUGUGCAUGUUACUCAGUUAUCAUGCUUAGUUUUCAAAAAACAGGUUAAUUGUUUUAGUACCGACCUUAUAUUUUUGUUGUGGUUUCAUUUGUAAUAUAUGGCAAAUGUCUUAUAUAAGGUAAACUCUCAAAUUUUGUUAGUAAUGAAAAAAAAGCCACACUUUUAAACUUGUCCUUUCAAAAAGAUUUUUUUCAGUUAGAUAUUUAUGAAAAGAGAAAUAGAUCACUGUCUCCAAUAUCAGCUUAUGGCAAAUUACAAAUAUAAAUGUAAAGAAAGAAACAUUUAAAACACAAAUUUCCUGUCAUCAAACUUAACAGAAAGUUCCAGUGUUUAUAGCAGUAUGGUAUUAGCACAAAAUGAUUACUUUGUCCAAUGCAGUUGAACUGAAAGCCCAGAAAUAAACCUAUGUAUGUAUAACAGGUUCAUUUUUGAUAAAGGCACUAAGAACAUGCAAGAAUAGUUCUUUAAGCAGGUGGUACCAAGACAGCUGGAUAGCCACAUAUAAAAGAACCUUUGCCUCACACCAUAUGUAAAAAUUAGCCCCACAUCAAUCAGUAAGCUAAUAAUGUAUAGAAUUCUGAAAAAAACAUAUGUAUGAUCUUGGAUUUGAUAAUGAAUUCUUAAUAUACCACCAAGAACAUGACAAACCUCGAUCAAUAGAGUCUUUCAGAGGCCCUCUGGUAGGCUCCUCUCCUGUUCCCUGUCAUCUCCUGCUUACAAUGUCUAUUGUGUUUGUCCUUCCGAAUGAGAAUUAAGCAUCUUCCCUAGGGUAUUCCUUGUUGUUUAGCUUCUUUAGGACUACAGAUUUUAGUAUGUUUAUCGUAUAUUAUAUGGCUGAUAUCCACUUAUGAGUGAGUAUAUACCAUGUGUGUCUUUCUGCUUCUGGGUUACCUCACUCAGGAUGAUCUUUGCUAGUUCCCACCAUUUGCCUACAUAUUUCAUGAUUUCCUUUUUUGUAAUAGCUGAAUAGUCUUCCAUUGUGUAAAUGUACCACAAUUUCUGUAUCUAUUCCUUGGUUGUUUCCAGAUUCUGGCUAUUACGAAUAGAGCUGCUACAGCCUGUGAAAGACUCCAUUGAUCAAGUGCGAAGAUGUCACAUCCCUUGAAAUUGGCAUUACAGACUGUUGUGAGCUGCGAUGUGGGUGCUAGGAAUUGAACCUGGGUCCUUGGAAGAGCAGACAGUGCUCUUAACCACUGAGCCAUCUCUCCAGCCCCUAUAAAGAAUUCUUACAACUCAACAACACAAACCUUUAAAAAUAUACUCUUAAGAUAAUUAUUCAUGGUGAUGGCCUACAGGGUUAUAAACAAAAGAAGGCAUGUGGGACUUCAACAACUUUCAUCAUUGGCACAAACAGGAAGAAGUUUCCUAGGUCCAGUAAAAGCCACCAAGUUUAUUACAGAUGCAGAGUGUCAUGAAAGUGUGUUAAUCAGCUCGACAGUAAGGCUCCUGGAAGGUUUGGAUUUAACCUGUGCCACAGUGGGGUACCUUCUCAACGAAGCAAUUGAAGCACAAAACAGCAUAUACAGAAGUGGAACCAGCACUCUUCUGUUUCUUGUUGGUGCAUGGAGCAGCGCUAUUGAAGAUUGUCUCCAUCUGGGUAUUCCCACUACAGUCAUAGUGUCGGUUAUGUCGGAAGGCUUGAACUCUUGCAUUGAAGCAGUAGUUUCCCUUCAAGUACCUAUAUACAAUAUAUUUGACCAUAUGGACAGCAUAAGUACAGGUUACAAACUUGAAACAGUUGAUGUCAGUUUAUGUCCUUUUCUACAAGUCCCUUCAGGUCCUGGGUCUUUACAGAAAAAACAUGAUUUCAAAGAUGCUACAUCACAGUUACUGUCCACUCACAGUCUUUCUGGGAGACCUGUUAAAUCACCCAAAUUUUUCAAACCUAGGGCUAAGGUUGAAACAGAUAAAAGCACACCACAAGCUCUGAAAAACAGUUUACACAAAGAUUCCUUCAGGAAGUCAGUACUAACUCACAGUAGGCAUUUUAAUAGGACAGACAAUAGCCACUGUUUAAGCAGACCUGAUGGGUUUCUAGACCAACAUGGAUCCGCUCUCCAGAUUUUUAGAUGUAGUGAUUUGGUGGAGUUAGCAGUUGGGUUGAGCCAUGGAGAUCACAGCAGCAUGACACUGGCCGAAGCAGCAGUGCGGCUGCAGUGGCAGAGUAUGUGCCUGCAGCAAGCCAGCUGUAUGGCAGCAUUUAUGUUUGAUAUUUCAAGACUCCUCACUUGCUGUCUCCCAGGCUUACCUGAAGCUUACUCUUGUGUUUGUCUCGGAUAUGUCACUGCUGUACCCAUGUCUAGUAUUACCCUGGUCAAGGAAUUGCAGGAUCAGCCUUUCCGGAUGAUUCUCAUUGAGGGUGACCUCACAGAGAGUUACCGCCAUGCAGGAUUUAAUAAGUCUGUAAAUAUUAAGACCAAGUUAGAUACUGGGGAGCUUCCAGGAGAUAGCGCAGAGGAACUGUGGACAAACCAGGUGUUACAGGUGUUAAUCAAGUUCAAUGUGAACCUCAUCUUGGUACAAGGAAAUGUAUCUGAACACUUAACUGAAAAGUGUAUGCACAGUAAGCGGCUAGUCAUUGGGUCAGUGAAUGGCAAUGUGUUGCAAGCGUUUGCAGAGGCUACAAGAGCAGUGCCAGUAUCCUAUGUUACACAAGUGAAGGAAGACUGUGUGGCCAGUGGGGUGUCUGUGACCCUCUGGACAAGUCCUCAUGAUAUAAGCAAGAACAACAGAAUGACAAUCUUGGUAUCAGCAGAGGGAAUUAACUUGAUUACAGCAGUACUCACUAGCCCAGCAAGUGCUCAGAUGGAAACCAAGGAAGACAGGUUCUGGUCUUGUGUAUAUCGUUUAUAUCAUGCCCUAAAAGAGAAGAAGGUCUUCCUUGGAGGUGGUGCUGUUGAAUAUUUAUGUCUUAGUCAUCUUCAAAUGCUUGCUGAGCAAUCUUUCAAUAAAGGAAACAGCACUUGUUUUGGAUGGCUUCCUGAUUCUUCCUCUUGGAUGGCCUCAUCUCUUUCAGUCUACAGACCUACUGUGCUGAAGUGCCUGGCAAGUGGGUGGCAUGGAUUUUUGUCAACUGUCAUGUGUAACACUGCCACUCACCCAUCAGCAGUGGAAGCCAGCACAUUCAUUCAACAUCAUGUUCAAAAUGCCACCAACUCUGGCUCUCCUUCAUCUUAUAUCUUGAGUGAAUAUAGUAAACUAAGUAGUGGACUUUUUCAUUCAGAGAUUUCAGAUAACCUGGAGCUGGUUCCAAGAGUUUAUGAUACUGUUACGCCAAAGAUUGAAGCAUGGCGCAGAGCAUUGGAUUUAGUGCUCUUAGUGCUUCAGACAGACAGUGAAAUAAUUACUGGACUUGAACACACACAAAUGAAUUCACAGGAAUUAGAUGGAGUUUUAUUUUUGUAGAGUUAUCUAAACAUUUGAUAAAUAAGUUGUCAUAUUAAAUUUUAAGGUGUAUGUGUAUUUGUGUGUACAUACACAUGAAUGCGGGUACCUGAGUAGGCCAGGAGGGCAUCGGGUCCCCUGGAGCUAUAAUUAUAGGUGAUUGUAAUCCACCCAGCACAGGUCCUGGGAUACCAGCUGUGCAAGAGCAGCAAACACUCUUAACCUUUGAGCCAUUUCUCCAGACUAAAUAAAAUUGUAUGGUCAAA